AUGAAGUAACCCACUCCUCGAAGGCUUGUGUUCCGCCGCGUCGCCGUCGCAACCGAAUCGCAUCGCAUCGCAUCGGUCCAAACUCCCAACCGGCGACGGCGAGGCCGACGAAACCCAAACCCAGCUAAGCUUCCCUCUUCGAUUCCCCCCAUGGCCGACGACGGCGACGCCGUCCUCUCCGACGUCGACGAGGAGGACCCUCUCCCGCCCCCGCCCCCUCCCUCCACCUCCUCCUCCCAAAAAUCCCCAUCUCCUUCACAACCCCAACCCCAACCCCAUGCGCAGGCGCAGCGCCUGCACGACCUGGCCGCCGAGCUGGAGGAGGAGCGCCGCCUCCGCCGCAAGGCCGAGGAAUCCCUCGCCGAGGCCGAGAAGCGCUCCGAACGCGUCAAGGCCUUAGCGCAGAACGUCCUCCGCAAGCACGACGACCUCAAGACCGAGGCCUCCACCGCCUCCUCCAUGCUCACUUCCGGCUUCGAGAGGAUCUCCGCCAAGGCCUCCCCCUCCGCCGCCGCCUCGCCCGCGCCGCUCCCCACUUCCCAAAAGUACUCCUCCGGCCUCCCCGCCAUCGCCUACGGCGUCCUCAAGCGCGCCAACGACAUCGUCGAUGACCUCCUCUCCCAGAUCGACGCCGCCAACCGCGACCGCGACAGGGCGCGCGAGCAGAUGGAGCACCGCAACUACCAGAUCGCCAUCGAGGUCUCCGAGCUCGAGGCGUCCCUCGCGUCCAGGUCCGCCCACUGCGACUCCCUCUCCAAGUCCCUCUCCGACAAGGACGCCGAGAUCUCGGACCUCCGGAACAACCUCGCCUUCCUGGAGACCAAGCUGGACGCGCAGAGGCCCGUGCUCGCCGACCAGAUCGCCUGCGCCUCCAAGGUGUACGACGAGAUACGUGAGGUGGUCAAGCUAGUGGACGCGGAUGCCGCGAGCGCGCUCUCUGACUCGGUGUUCGUCUGGAAGGAGACCGACGUGGAGGAGAGCCUCAAGGUGUCCCUGGAAGGGACCAAGAUGGCGUACGAUCUCGCUACCACUGCCCUGCACAAGGUUGGGGCAUGGGUUGAUAAAAAGGAAAGCAAAGUGAGGGAUUUGGAAGCGAGGGUGGAUGAGCUAUUGCGGGAGAAAGAGCACAUUGGGGUGUUGCUCCGCAGCGCGCUGCAAUCAAACACCAGCGAGGUGCUCAAGGUUGCUGAGGAUGGACUAAGGGAGGCCGGAAUUGAGGUUGGGCUCAAAGAGCGCAGGGAGCACAGGCCAGGGAGCAUGGAGAAAGAUGAAGUCUAUACCCUAGCAGGGGAAUUGGAGAAUAGCAUGAAGGAGUCCCAAGUUAAGAUUGUUGAGCUGCAACAUCUUGUUGAAGCACUAAGGGCGGAGUCUGGUCUACUUCGGACAAGACUGGAAGGGCAAGAAAAAGAGAUUGCCCAGCUACGGAAGCAAAUAAAGCAUCUUGAAGAGAAGGAAAGGGUGGCAAAUGAAAGUGUUGAGGGUCUGAUGAUGGAUGUAACAGCUGCUGAAGAGGAGAUCAAAAGAUGGAAGAUGGCAGCAGAGGAAGAAGCUGAAGCUGGUAAAGCAAUUGAGCAAGAGUUUGAAACUCAGCUAUCUUCCCUAAACAAGGAAUUAGACGAAGCUAAACAGGCAAUGCUGGAGCUAGAGAACAAACUGAAGUUCAAGGAAGAGACAGCGGCUGCAGCAAUGGCGGCACGUGAUGCCGCAGAGAAAUCAUUGAAACUAGCGGAUAUGAGAUCAACCAGGCUGCGAGAGAGACUGGAAGAGAUCAAUAGGCAGCUCGAAGAAUCAGACAACAGAAGGGACUCGAGCAAUCGCAACGGGCAUAGGUAUAUGUGCUGGCCAUGGCAAUGGUUGGGGCUGAACUAUGUGCGAUUGCCACCGACAGAGGCAGAUCAAACCUCCAACGAGAUGGAGCUAUCUGAACCUCUGAUAUAGUUGUGCCAUAUCUAUACAGAUUGAAGAAAUACACGACAUUUUGAAAGGAAAAAAAAAACGUGAGAAGGAGAUUUCAUUUUUUUUAAUUUGUGUAGAUGUUCGGGAAAAUUGUUAAUGCUUGUGCAAAAACUCACGAGGGUGUUAGAUGCGGCGGUGCAAUUGUAAAAUCAUGCAGUUGGGAUUAUAGUUAAGCUGUCAAUAAGUUCAUCUUUAAACAAAA